AUGGCCGCUUUCGACCUCUGGACUCACGAAUUCUGCCUCGGCUGCGACAAGCAGACCGACGGCACUGCCUACUGCUCCGAAUCAUGCCGCCUGGCCGACUUCGAGAAGACGUCGACACCCAGCUCGGUUGCCAGCUCGCCCGGCUUGAACACCCCCUCCUAUCCUUGGACUGCCUCACGCCAACAGUCCAACACUUUCUACCUCUCGCCGGCUUACGACUUCACCAAUGCUCAGCCCUACGGCAGCACUCCCUCUAGACAGUCCUACCUCUCUUCAACAAGAACACCCUCCACCAUCCGCCGCACUUUGACCACCUCGAGCUCCAACUCCAGCCUCUGCUCGAUGCAGAGCACAACAUCUUCAAACACCGACGCCAGCCAACUCUCAGAGAAGGCCAAAAGGGAGCUCCAAGCAUAUGCCGUGUCUUUCGAUCAAGCGAGGCUCCAGCGCCGACGUUCCGCCUGA